CUCCCGGGGGGAUAAAACACGGCUCCCCAUCUGGUGACACGCUUUGCGGUUGGCCUUUCGCCGCGAACCUUAGCAGUUCCUCGUGCGAAAAAAAAAAAAACCACCACAUGAAAGUGCAGUGUGGGGAGAUACAGAUACCAUCCGGAUGCCGCAAGGGGAAGGAAGAAGAGAGGACGCCUGCCGAACUAACGCACACCAUUUGUAUGUGCCGCUUUCCAAACGGGUUGAGGCCAAUCGGGGGGAAGGCCUCCACCAGGCACAGCAUAGCACUGAUAGGGAGCGGCACGCAGUAGCGUUCGAUGUUAGGCUUAGGGGGGAUCUGCUUUUCGGCUGAUUCUCCCCGCUGGGGCUGCCCUCCCUCCGUUGCACCUCCCCGCAUUGUAAUCAGCACGUCUCACAGUGGGCUCAUUCCACCCAGGUGUGUGUGAUAGUAAGUCAGCUGGGGUAACACCUCACUGUGGCGCUACCCACCAAGGGGGAAGAAAAUGGCCCCUACGAGGAAGCUGCUCUCGCGGGGUGCCCUGCUAAGUAUACAGGUGCCUGGGGGGCGCACUGCGCAAACGAGCGGAGGUGUAUUCCCUUGCCACAGGGGACUGCACAGUGGAAGCAGGGAUGUGAAGAAGCAAGGCAAGCCGAAUGGUACAGUCAAACCGAAUGGGGAUUACAAACCGAACGGGGCGGACCGCCCAAGUCGGGCGAACAGCCUGGAAGACGUAAAGGUCUCCAAAGAAACGUCCAGCAAGGCGCUAUUCGACGAGUGCCUAGAGGAAAUCUACAGGAAGAAACGACAAGUUGAUAAGAACAGCGUAGAGUAUGAUGUGUCUCCAGUGAUAGAAGAGCUAAGCAAAGAAGAAAUAAAAUUAACAAGAGAUAUUUUUAAAAGAAUUGAAGGAAAAAAAAAAAACAUAUCCCUUUUCAAUUAUGGGGAUGUUCAGAUUGAUCCCUAUUGGAACCCCUUCAAAGACGUCACUGACAUGAGGAGAGAAAUCGUUUUUGAGUUUAGUGAAUAUACCAAAGUGGCUACCAUGGUGGAGGUGAAAAGGCAAAGGCAUUCCAUUAAGCGGUCCCUCAAGGAGCAAUACAGACUGUAUAACCCCUACUCAGGGGAGCAUAGUGCCCACCUCGGAUUGGGCAAAGACUCCAUAGAAGCAGAUUCGAUCGUCUGUAAUGAUAAGAGUGAAAGGUAUUGGAAUCCGGGGGUUAAUAGAAAAAAAUUACUCUCCUUAAAGUGCCCCUUUAUAUGGAGACACACCCACCUGUUGCACCACUUUAUUGGCGAAAAUGGUCUCAUCUUACCCCGUAAAAUCAAUUUCACCACAAGGAAACAGCAGAUUCAAAUUUUUAAAGCCAUUUGUGUAGCGCGCAGGAUGGCCCUCUACCCGUAUGAUAGGAAGCCUGAGAAGGACGACCUCAUCCCCCUGAUGGACCCCCUGCAGCUGCUCGCCGAUGAGUUGAUUCAUCGCUUCGUCCAAAGGAACGACUUGCGAGCUCAGGCCAUGCUCAAGGCCAUGAUCAACAGGUACCCCUCCUUAAACUAUUACAGGUAUUUCUGCCACGAGGCGGGUGGGAAGCAGCGGGGGGGAGCGCAGCCGGAGGGAGAGCAACCAGGGGAAGCGCAACAAGGGGAAGCGCAACCUGGUGACCGCCACUUCGCGAAGAUGCUGCGCAGGUAUAAGGAGAACUACUAUGAGGGGGCAACCCCUCCACAGGGGCACACCAAACAGUAA